AUGGAUCGUUGCAUCUAUUUUUUUAGGCAUCUUCGAGUACUGGAUCUGACUGAAGAUUAUUUCCAUGAGGAGGAGAGUGAAGUAGUGGAUUGGAUCUCCAAGUUUCCAGAGUGCAACACGUCGCUGGAGUCGCUUGUAUUUGAUUGUGUUAGUGUCCCAUUCAACUUUGAGGCCCUGGAGGCACUUGUUGCACGCUCACCAGCUCUGCGUCGUCUUCGCGUUAAUGACCAUGUGUCGAUAGAGCAGUUGCGUCGUCUCAUGGCAAGGGCACCCCAUCUAACUCACCUUGGCACUGGAUCAUUCCGAUCUGAGCCAGGCCCUGGGGGUGCUUUGUCUGUGUCUGAGCUUGCUACCUCUUUCGCAGUGUCCAGAUCACUUGUUUGUUUGUCAGGUUUCUUGGAUGCCAAUGCAGCAUACCUCCCAGCAAUCUACCAAGUUUGUGCCAAUCUCACUUCCCUCAAUUUUAGCUUUGCGGGUCUAACUGCUGAAGAGUUCAUACCAGUUAUUCGCCACUGCGUCAAUCUUCGCACUUUAUGGGUUCUUGAUACUGUGGGUGAUGAAGGCCUUAGGGCUGUGGCUGAAACAUGCUCAAAUCUCCGUGAGUUACGUGUUUUUCCUUUGGAUGCCACCGAGGAUUCUGAGGGCUCAGUCUCAGAUAUUGGUCUCCAGGCAAUCUCAGAAGGCUGCCGAAAGCUCGAAUCAAUUCUCUACUUUUGCCAGCGCAUGACAAAUGCAGCAGUAAUUGCUAUGUCCGAGAACUGCCCUGACCUUUUGGUGUUCCGCCUCUGUAUUAUGGGCCGCCACCGCCCUGAUCGGAUUACCGGGGCGCCCAUGGAUGAGGGUUUUGGGGCGAUUGUGAUGAACUGCAAGAAGCUCACCAGACUUUCAGUCUCUGGCCUGCUCACUGAUAAGGCGUUUGCAUACAUUGGAAGACACGGAAAACUCAUAAAGACUCUGUCUGUUGCCUUUGCCGGGAAUAGUGACAUGUCUCUUCAACACGUGUUUGAGGGGUGCACUAGGUUGCAGAAGCUUGAGGUCAGGGAUAGCCCUUUUGGCGACAAAGGAUUGCUCUCUGGCCUGAACUAUUUUUACAACAUGAGGUUCUUUUGGAUGAACUCAUGCAGGCUAACUGUGAAGGGUUGUGGGGAUGUAGCUCAGCAAAUGCCUAAUCUGGUGGUUGAAGUAAUGAAGGAAAAUGAAGGGGAAAUGGAUACCGUUGAUAAGCUGUACCUGUAUCGAUCGUUGGCAGGACCAAGGGAAGAUGCUCCAUCAUUUGUCAACAUCUUGUAG